GAGCCGUCUGAUCUGAUCACUGACUUUGCGGGAGGUGCCCACUCGUCUUUCCCAGCGAGGAGGGGAGGACGACUCGGACCCGGCCCGCCUGCCUCGCUGUCUUCCCUCCGCCGCGCUCGCAGAGGCUGUGUGGGCUUUUCUUCGUUGGAACUGUGCUUGAUUCCAAGAGUUUGUUAUGGCCAUGGAAAUGUUGGCAUAACUGCAAACUGUGAAUGAUCUCUCCACCAGCACUUGUGUUGUGCAUGCCUGCUGGAAUUUUGUUUUACCUUGAAGUAGCAAAAGGACACUAUGAGCUCAGCGAGCGGUUCGAACAAUGACCAUGGGAAAGAAGCCACAUUAUUUGAGGAGCAACAGUCCAAGAUUGGUAAAGUUAGAGCUGCCAUAGGACAACUAUCUGGAAAAUUAGCUCUGUAUUGUUCAGAUGCUUCAAUUGCAAGGUACCUGAUAGCAAGGAACUGGGACGUGAAGAAGGCUACAAAAAUGCUGAAGAAAACGUUGAAAUGGCGCUCAGAGUAUAAGCCGGAUGAGAUCCGUUGGGAUGACAUAUCUGAUGAAGCUGUGACUGGAAAAAUUUACCGAACUGAUUACUUUGACAAGAGUGGGCGGAGUAUCCUUGUCAUGAGACCUGGAUGCCAGAAUACCAAGAAUGCCAAUGGGCAACUCAAGUACUUGGUGUACUGUAUGGAGAAUGCAAUUCUAAAUCUGCCAUGUGGUCAGGAUCAGAUGGUUUGGCUCAUUGAUUUUGCUGGCUUCAGCUUACCUAACGUCUCACUUCAGGUGACGAAGAUGACAGCAGAUGUCUUACAAGGUCAUUAUCCUGAAAGAUUGGGUGUGGCAAUUCUUUACAAUGCUCCAAAGUUUUUUGAAUCUUUCUGGAAGAUUGCAAGCCCCCUUCUCGAGAAGAAGACUUUCAACAAGGUCAAAUUUGUAUAUUCUGACAAGCCCGACACCACCAAGAUCAUUGAAGACCUUUUCAACAUGGAUGAGUUAGAAAGUGCAUUUGGUGGCAAGAACCCAGCUACUUUCAAUAUAAAUGAUUAUGCUGUGUGGAUGAGAGAAGAUGACAAGAAGAUGGCAUUAUUCUGGAGCCCUGAGAAUUCUGAUCGUGCUUCCGAGCCAUACCUGAUGAGCAACCACAAGCCUCAAGAAAGCAUUUCGGGCUUGAAGACUGAAGACACUGAACCUGAAAAGAGGGGAGAAACUGAGACUGACUCUGAAUACAGGGAAGAAUCAGAUUCUGAAUCUGAAAAGAGGGAAGAAACAAAAACUGAAUCAAGCGCAGCUAAGCCAACAGGCUUGCCAGGAGAAGAUACUGCCCCGGUAGAUAAAAGUUCCAUUGCAUCUGAUCUGUGAGUAUGACCGUGAAACAUACAUGCCAAAUGUUGAUAUCGCCCCACCACUGAGUUUUCACUAAGAGAUGAACAUCAAAAUGUAAUAAGAAACUCGUUGACACACAGCACAAAUGUGAUGCCUGACUUGUUUUGUAGUCGGCGCAACUCUGUCUCCCUGUCCUCAAUUCCUCGUGACCUUGUUUGAAGAACCUUUUUACAAAGAAUGAGAUCUAUCAGGUGAUAAAGAACAAAAUACAGCAUCUUGUAACCCUCAGUUUCCUCGUGCCA